GGCGGCGGGGCCGGGACGGCGGCACUGGGGAUCGCAGCGGUGGCAUUCACCUCUGGGGCUGCUCCCGGGCACUCCCCGSCCUCGGKGGRCCCACGGCCGCAGCGCUUCUGCCCCGUGGCUGAAGUGUGCGAUGCUGAGGCCGCGUUGCCAGCAGGGCCGCGAGAGGCAGUGUAUUGGAAUCCCAGAGUUCCCUGCAGCAAGAGAGAACUUCCAGCAAAAUCUUCUCAGCARCUGUUAUUGCCUCGGGCUGAGGAGUCAAUCAAAGUCGAGGGCGGGAUGUCAGAGCUGAGUGACGAAGCCAGCGAGUCGGAGCUGCUGAGCCGCAGCCUGUCCAUGUGGCACGGGGUCGGGCACUUGAUCUGCCAUGAGGAGCUGGAUGUGCCGCUGGACCUGCACACGGCCUCCUCCGUCGGGCAGUACGAAGUGGUGCAGGAGUGCAUCCAGCGUGGAGAUCUGGAUUUGAACCAGAGGAACUGUGGGGGCUGGACCCCACUCAUGUACGCUUCCUACAUCGGCCACGACAACAUUGUGCACCUGCUGCUGGAAGCGGGAGUGAAUGUCAACAUCCCCACCCCUGAAGGGCAGACUCCCCUCAUGCUGGCCUCCAGCUGUGGCAAUGAGAGUGUUGCCUACUUCCUUCUACAGCAAGGGGCAGAGCUGGAGAUGAAGGACAUCCAUGGCUGGACUGCYUUGUUCCACUGCACCAGUGCCGGGCACCAGCAGAUGGUCAAGUUCUUACUGGAGAACGGAGCAAAUGCCAACUGCAAGGAGCCAGURUAUGGAUACACACCUCUGAUGGAAGCAGCUGCCUCUGGCCAUGAGAUAAUUGUGCAGUACCUUCUCAAUCAUGGAGUGAAGGCAGAUGUCAGAGAUAACACUGGAGCYACAGCAAGGACUCUGGCCAUGAAGUGUGGCCACACCAAGAUUGUGGGGCUGAUAGAUUUGCAUGCAGCYCCAGUGCCCAAGGUCUUCUGCAGAGGUCCAGGGAAAUAUGAAGAGCUGAGUUCCUCAGAUGAAUCAUGUUCUGCUCCCCAGAGACAGAGACCUGCUCGUAGGACCAAAGGUCCCAGCAUCCAYGAGGGGCCCCAGGCCUUGGCCAAGAUCACAGCGGUUGGAAUUGGGGGAAAGAAGCAGUCUCGCUAUGAGCAGGUCCCCCCUCAKGGCUACGUUACCUUCAGUGCUGAUGGCAGCUGUGAGUCAGGGGACAUCCGGUACAGGGAUGUCACCUCCCCCAUUAACGAGCAGGACGUGGAGAGCACCAGCAGCAGGGAGGAUAGUGUUUCCUCCARCAACUUGGCAACCAUCAGRAGCAGCAGCAGCAGCAGUGAAUGCCUGAUCAGAGUCCCAGGASUCAGCAGUGAAGGCUCCUUGGAAAGCAAUGAGGACUCUGACCAUGCCAACAGCCCCCCGAGUCGGAAACAAGCCAAGAGCUUUAAGGGCAAGACCCGCUACAGCAACAGUGACAGCCAGUGGAGCCACUGCUUGGGAAAGGCUGGGUGCUCCAGCCAGCACCUGGUCCUUCCUGAGCCUCCAGCCUACACAGGGCCCCAGGACCUGGCAACGUUCCUGGAGGAGAUUGGGUGCCUGAAGUACCUGCAGGUGUUUGAGGAGCAGGAUGUGGACCUCCGCAUCUUCCUGACCCUCACGGAGAGUGACCUGAAGGAAAUCGGCAUCACGCUGUUUGGCCCCAAGAGGAAGAUGACCUCUGCCAUUGCACGCUGGCACAGCAGUGCACGCCCGCCCAGUGAUGCCCUGGAGUUGGCCUACGCUGAUCGGCUGGAGGCGGAGAUGCAGGAAUUGGCCAUCCAGCUGCACAAGAGGUGUGAAGAGGUGGAGGUGAUGAAGGGCCAGGUGUGCCAGGAGCAGAAGCUGCGUGCAGUGGCUGAGAGCUGUUUGAUGGAGCGGGAUGAGACCUGGAAUGCCAUCCAGUGCCAGCUCAGAGAGGCUCAGGCCAUCACCAAGGAUGCAGGAGUCCUGCUGGAUCAGAUCAAGAGCUGCCAGGCGGAGCUGUCGGCCCGGAUGGCCCCGGAGCAGGCGAGCGAUGGAACACCGGACACGCAGGAGCAGCACGGCACCAGGGAGAGCCAGCGGCCUUGGGAGCGCCCAGUGCUGGAAGGGUGGCCACCUUCCCUGAAGUGCCUGAGCUUGCCUGAGCUGUCAGCUGUGCUGGAGGAGUGUGUAGGAGAGAUGGGAAAAGCUCUGCAGACUGUGACUCAAAACCUCCAAAGGCUCCAAGCCCUGGGGCAGAGUGGGCAGAGCUGGCCAGAGCCUUAACCAAGCCAGGACGGAAUACUGACGUCGGGUGACUGUUCCACCCGGAAGCUGAGUGUGCCUGGGAGGGAGCACGGGGGCCGUGCUGGCAGCACCACGGCUCUGCCGAGGGCCAUCGCAGCUGGCGGGGCACAGAGGAGGCCGUGGCCACCAGACAACACGGCUGGGAGGACAMGGGACAGCAGAAGACAACCAGAAGCUCUCUGGGCCUGACUCUGUCUGGGUUCCCAGGAUCCCUUUUGGAAAGGUUUAGGUUUGGAGGAGGAGCUCCAAGCCUGGGAGUUUUAUCUGACUUAAGCUUCCUGCAGCCAUUGUUGUUCAGGUCUGGGUGGUGGUAGAAAGGUGACAUUUGCAUACAGCAAUCAAUUCAUUAUCCUUUUCUGCAUCCCAAGCUCCCCAGGGCUGCUGAAAUGUGUCCCUGACUCCUCUUGUGCUUUGGGGAUUGGCCCAGAGAAUGGAUCUGAGGCCGUGAAAAAGGCAGGUUGUUGUGGAGGGGUGAAGGGAGUAGAGUUUGUGAUGUUUGGCUCUUUGAGCUGCAGUGAAGCUCAGAGUGCAGCCCUGUUCCUGYUUGGAAUGUCUGCUCUGCCCACCCCAGCUCUGGGCUUCAGAGCCUGUCACUCCAAACAGCCCUCCCCCAGUUCAUUUUGUGUUCCUACUGUCCUUAGGGCUGGGUGUGAUCACACGUGGUGUGGUUUAGGAAUGGCAUUUACUGAAACACUCCCCACUCACUCCCCCUCCCCUGGGAUGGAGAGGGGAAUGGGAGGCACAAACAGGGAAGAUUACAGGUCGAAAUAAAAGCAAUUCAUUGCAAACAGCAAUGAGAUAAGGAGCAACAGCAGUAAUAACAGAAGUGUGCAAAAGUGGUCCUGGUCCUGCAGAACUGAACCCUGUUCAGGCCAGAACCAGGACCUCACCUUACUCCAUCCCCAGAAACCUGGCUUUGUGGUCAGUGCUUUAUGGCAGAGUUUAUAGGUGUGGUUUGGCCACUGCCACAAUCCCAGCAAGGCAGAUGUUCCCCUGGAAAGACAAGAGAGUGAAGCAAGAGCCUGGGGCUGCUGAGCCCCCGGUGCCAAGCAGGGGAAUGCCAAUGCAGGGACAGCUCUGUCCCCCAUGGGAGCUGGGCAUGGACACCACAGCCCAGAUGGAGCUGUGCUAUCAAGGACUACCUGCCUUUGAUUUCCAGGCUUCUGUGCCAGGGCAAUCUUGGAUGGGCACUUCCAAGGACAGGCAGUGCAGGAGGAGGCUGCCCCAUCACUGGGUUUGGGUGAGAGACUCUGGUGACAGGGACCGUGGUGUAAAAUGACUGUCCCUGUAAGGGGGAAAAACACAACAAUCAAAAUUUGAAGUCUGUGAGGGAUGGCUCUGAUGAUUCAGGAAGAGUCCCUUUGGGCAGAGGAUGGAACCCUAUGUUCCUUCUGAUUUUGGACCUUGGUCACAGAUGCCAAAAAUUCAUCCAGCUCCAGCCUUUUAGCUGAUCAUCCCUUCUGCUGAGCUGCUCCAGUCCCUUUAGGCAGGGGUGACAACUGUUCUGCUCGGGGUGUCUGUGACUCCUGGGGCCAGCCUCUGUCCCAAAACCGGCAGGGAUGGCCCCGUGUGCCUGGCAGUGUCCCCCCACCCUGGGGUGCUGCUUCCUGCCUCUGGUUAACUCCCAGCCUCAUCACCAGGCACCGUUUUUUCCAUCCUGAGGAAAUGCCCUGGAGUACUUCACCCUCAAGAGUUGGGAUGAGGGGCGGCUGAUUCCCCUCGUGCAGCAUCCCUGGAAACUCCUCAGAGGCCUGAAGCUGUCCUGGGAGCAGUGUGCAGGGCUUUGUCCCUCAUUCCCUGGCAGUGGAGGAAUGGGGGCAGUGCCAAAGUCUCUCCCUGCCUCUGGUGGUUCUUCUGGCUGCACUAGCCCAGGGCUGUCAGGGUGCUUUCCCUUGAAUUUAACACAAAGCCCCACAAAAGCACCUGAAGGGAGGGGUCUGGGGGCACCUGGAGGGCCGAGGCAGCCCGGGUUCAGCAGUGUCUUCAGAAGUGGGUGGGCUGUGCAGGACAGGGKCUAUAGGGUUACUGUAGGGAUUGGGGGCUGAGUUUGCAAAGUCUCAGGCUGGAAUAAAGGGGUUUGGGGAAUUGCAAUGAUCAGAAGGCCUGGAGGCUGGGAAAAGGGGGAGGUGUGACCGUGUGUAUGUGAAGGGAAAGGACAGGCCCCAAACAGGGGCUGCAAGGGGUAUYAGAGCAGACAAGAGGGCAGCAGGGAGGGGGUUUUCUACAACACUGUGUCCGUGAGGAGGCAGUUCCUUAAACGCAKGCUCUGAACCAGCAUUCCUUGCAGCCAGGGUGGUUGUGAGAGCAGCAGGUGCUACCCUAAAGUGAGUUGUCUGAGGAAAAACAGCAUUUGCUGACUUGGAGAAAUGAAUAAAACCUGCGAACCUGUGUGUGGUGUGUGGGUGUCUGUGCGGGGAGCUGGGGCAGCAGGAAUGAGCUCCCUGAUUCCUUGCAGGAAGAUUUUGUGCUUUCCAGCUUCCCCUCUGUGGAGGUCCACGGGGCUGGGGCUGCCUCAUCCCUGCCAUCCCUGCCCUGCAUGGUGCCACCAUGGAGGUACCACCCUUGUGGCACUGUUGGGGUGGGUGAUGUGGGAGCCCAGCAAAGAGCAGCAACUCAAAGUGCUGGUGGAGCUGCUGGAGCCAGUCCAGAGGUGGCCACGGAGAUGYUCCAAGGGCUUGAGCCCCUCUGCUCUGGAGCCAGGCUGGGAGAGCUGGGGGUGGACCAGGAUCCAUGGAGAGCUCAGAGCCCCUUCCAGGGCCUAAAGGGGCUCCAGGAGAGCUGGAGAGGGACUGGGGACAAGGGAUGGAGGGACAGGACACAGGGAAUGGCUUCCCAGUGUC